CAACGGAAAAACCUAAGACUUGAGUUCCUGCGGCUAAGCGAUUCUAUCACCUAAGACAGAUGGAUACUGAUGUUGUUGGAGAUUCUGUCAACAAGCAAAAUGAUGAUGAAGUUUACAAAGAGGAAGAUGUAGAUGAGGAUUUUGAUGAUGAUGAUGAUGAUGAUGAUGAUGAUGAUGAUGAUGACGAACCUGCCACUCUUGGUUUCGUUGACAAGCCAAAGGAUGAAUGGUCUCUUUGCCGCCAAUAUUUCCCAAGCAAAGCUGGAGGAGUCCCGGCUUGGCUUGACCCUCUUAAUAUACCAUCAGGAAGUUCAUCUGUGUGUGACAUUUGUGGAGACCCUUUACAGUUCCUGCUUCAGGUUUAUGCGCCAACUGAGAAGGAAACCACGUUUCACCGGAUGCUGUUUGUUUUUAUAUGUCCUUCUAUGACAUGUCUUCUCAGGGAUCAGCAUGAGCAAUGGAAACGCCACCCUGAAAGACCAUCUAGAAGUGUGAAGGUUUUCCGUUGUCAGUUACCUUGUGUUAAUCCGUUUUACUCAAGCGAAUGCCCUAAGGAUGAUGGAAGCCACAAGCCUGCCACCAGUGGAGCUGCUCUUUGUGAUUGGUGUGGCACUUGGAAAGGAGAUAAGCUCUGUAGUAGUUGCAGACAAGUGCGGUAUUGCUGUGAAAAACACCAGGUCAUGAGUUGGCGCUCAGGGCAUAAAAUUGCUUGCCAGCAGAUAAAAGUUUCUUCAUCUGUUAGUGGACCCAACAAAAGUGUAACAACCUCAUUGGAGUCUCGUAAGGUUGGAAGCAACAAUGUGUGGCCUGAAUUUGAGAUCACCAUUGAAGAUGAAAGUGAAUAUAACAGAGACAUAUCCGAUACCUUAGCUAAUUCCUUGAGAUUAAGUGAUUCCUUGAUCUCGAAGAAUACGGCUGAUGAAUCAAUGAAUUUAGAUUUAGAUAGCUUUCAGGGUGAUGAUGAGAAAAAGAGCUGGGUCUCCUUCCAGGAUCGAAUUGCCAAAGCCCCUGAACAAGUGUUGAGGUAUUACAGGAAUACUAAUGCUAGGCCACUAUGGCCUGUUUUUAGUGGUCGGCCAUCCGAAGCUGAUAUCCCUAAAUGCAGCUAUUGUGGUGGAACUAUGUGCUGUGAGUUUCAGGUUUUGCCGCAGCUUCUGUAUUACUUCGGCGUUGACAAUGAACCCAACUCUUUGGAUUGGGCUACAAUUGUCGUGUAUGCAUGUGAAGCCUCUUGCGAAGCAAGUUUGCAUUACAAGCAAGAAUAUGCUUGGGUUCAACUUUAUUCAUCUUCUGCUACCUAAUGAUGACAUUUUUACGCUCAAAUUUUGAAAUAGUUAAAGCAUUGUGGAUGAGAUAGGAAUUUCUUUAUUUAAGUAAACCAACAAUUGAGGAUUACGACAGGUGAUUGUGUAACUUAUAGAUUUGUGUUGCGUACAAAAAAUUUGCCCCUCUAAAAAUAGGUUAUUGCUUGUUCUUUUA